AUGCCGCCCUGUGGAAAUGCCAGAGGUUACCUCUUCAAUUUUGCCACUGCUGCUACAAAAAAGAUAUCUGAAUCCGUUGCCGAAACAGCACAGACGAUAAAGAAGUCUGUAGAAGAUGGAAAAAUUGACAGUAUCAUUGAUAAGACAAUUAUUGGAGAUUUUCAGAAGGAACAGAAGAAAUUUGUCCAAGAGCAGCAAACAAAAAAAUCAGAGGCAGCAGUGCCUCCCUGGGUAGACAGCAAUGAAGAAGAGACAAUUCAACAACAAAUACUGGCCUUAUCAGCAGAUAAACGAAAUUUUCUGCGGGAUCCUCCAGCAGGUGUGCAGUUUAAUUUUGACUUUGAUCAAAUGUACCCUGUUGCAAUGGUGAUGUUACAAGAAGAUCAGCUUCUCAAUAGGAUGAGGUUUGAUCUCGUUCCCAAACACGUAAAAGAGGAGGUCUUCUGGAGAAAUUAUUUCUACAGGGUGUCCCUAAUUAAACAGUCUGCACAAAUCACCGCACUUGCAGCUCAACAGCAAGCAGUAGGAAAAGAAGAGAACAAAGGCAGAGAAGAGGAUAGUCAACUGAAAGAAACAGUACGGCCAAAAACACCGCCUGUUACAAUAAAGCCUCAAAUAAAAUCUCAAGAGGAUGAGGAAGAGAUUUCCACAAGUCCAGGUGUAUCAGAAUUCGUGAGUGAUGCUUUUGAUGCCUGUAAUCUGAAUCAAGAAGACCUAAGAAAAGAAAUGGAGCAACUGGUGCUAGACAAGAAGAAAGAGGAGACUUCAGUAGUAGAAGAAGAAACUGCUGAUUGGGAAAAGGAAUUACAACAAGAGCUUCAAGAGUAUGAGGUGGUGACAGAAUCAGAAAAGCGUGAUGAAAACUGGGAUAAAGAAAUAGAAGAAAUGCUGCAAGAAGAAAAUUAAGCAUUUUCACAAAAUCACUAUAACCCUAAGCCUUUUCUGAGAACUGACAUGGAUUUCUGCUUUCAUAUUUUGCUUACAAAAGAGCUUCAAAAGACAUAGAAGAAUCUCAAAUCGUUAUAAUUCCAUAUGGGGAUACAACCAGUAUUUCUGUUCUUUAUAUGAGCAGUUUCUGAACUUCUGCAUUCUUCAAAAAAAAAAAAAAGAGAGAGACAGACACUGAAGGUUACGUGUCAUAAUUAAAAACAGUAACAUUAUUACAUAAAGCAACAUUUUAGUUUGAGGCAUUUUUAGAUGGUCAAAAAGCUCUGCAAAGAGAUUUCUAAAUCUAAGAAUCUCAGUUUUUUUGUCUGCAGCCUUCUGUUUGGGAUGUGAAAAUGGAUGUUGUAAGUAACUUAGUCAUUGAAAAUAACUCAUCACAUUUGCACUCUGAUCCCUGUAUAAUCUGUAAAUGUGUACUAUUUUUAAGGUACUUG